AUGGAUUUCCAAGUUGUGGUUUUAGCAGGUGACACUUCAAAGAAUCUAGCUCCCCUUGUCUCUAAGGAAUUGCCUAAACCGCUGCUUCCGGUUGCCAACCGCCCUGUUCUUUACUAUGUUUUGCACCAAUUGGAACAAAGUAACCUUAAAGAUCUCAUUGUUGUGGUCGAAGGGAAAGAAACAGCGGUUCUUGUUGGUGAUUGGAUUUUUGGGACUUUUGUUGAUCGUCUACAUGUUGAGAUUGCUGCAGUACCUGAGGUUAUUGGGACAGCCGGGGCAAUUAGGGCAAUCUCACACCACCUUACUGCAAAAGAUAUUUUGGUCGUGAGUGGUGAUCUCGUUUCUGAUGUUCCUCCUGGUGCAGUUGCGGCCACCCAUAGGCGACAUGAUGCAGUAGCUACUGCAAUGCUUUGCUCUGUUCCUGUUAGUGGACCUUCAGAGUCAGGAUCCGCUGGUGGAAAAGACAAAGCCAAGAAACCAGGAAGAUACAACAUCAUUGGACUGGACCCUGGCAAACAAUUUUUAUUACAUAUAGCAACAGGGGCAGAAAUUGAGAAAGAUACUCGACUUCAGAAGCGCAUUAUCCGUGCAGUAGGCCAGAUGGAAAUUCGAUCUGAUUUGAUGGAUGCUCAUAUGUAUGCAUUCAAGAGGUCUGUCCUGCAAGAAGUUUUAGACCAAAAGGAUACAUUUCAAAGCUUGAAACAGGAUGUACUUCCUUAUCUUGUCCGGAGCCAGCUGAAAUCAGAGGCUUUAUUAAAUGGAUUUCCAAAAGCUGAAGAAACUGGUAAUGGGAAGGUUAGUUCCCAGAACAAGCAAGUAUUCGUCUCUCAAAUCCUUGCCAAUGCAUCUACCACAAGCUUUCACCAACCCUCUUCUGUGGAUCCUGAUGGUUAUGUCUCUACUCGUAAAACCCAUACAUGCUGUGCAUAUAUUGCAAGUAGCAGCAAAUAUUGUGUGCGCUUAAAUUCCAUUCAAGCAUUCAUGGACAUCAAUCGAGAUGUCACUGGUGAGGCAAAUCAUCUGCUAAGUGAUACCUCCUCAGAUCAUAAUAAUAUCAUAGGUCCUUCACCGAAGCUUGGAACCAAAACUACAGUGGGACCAAACUGUAUGCUGGGAGAAGGUUCAGAAAUGGGUGACAAAUGCCAAGUAAAACGAUCUGUUAUUGGUCGUCACUGCCGGAUAGGUUCCCAUGUGAAGGUUGUUAAUUCGGUUGUAAUGAAUCAUGUUACCAUUGGGGAUGGCUGUAUAAUACAAGGUUCUGUGAUUUGCAGCAAUGUACAGCUUCAAGAGCGUGUUGUAUUGAAAGAUUGCCAAGUUGGAGCAGGUUUUGUAGUUACUGCAGGAAGUGAAUAUAAGAGAGAAUCUUUGGCUAGAAAAGAGAAAUGAGUGAAGGCCAUAUCCCAGAAUUGCAAGAAAAAUGCUGAUCGCGACCCAUCUCAUUUUUGCAGUGCUUUUCAGACAUGGUUUUCCGGAACUUCUGCUGCUACUAAAAUGCGAUCCUUGUCAAAGUGAGGGAAAGGCCGAUGUCAAUAAUUGUAUUUUCCUGCUCUCAUUUUAUUUUCAUUUUUAAUAGUUGUGUUGCUUGUAUUGGAUGGACUCAACCCUGUGUAUUUUUCAUCGACUAAAGGGUAUAUAUAGGCUACCCCAAUUUUGGCUAAUUUUUUUGAUAAAAUUUAUUAGUAGUAAAAAAACGGGAAGGCCCUGAUCAUAUUCUUAUUCAAUGAUGUUUUUUCUUCUCUUGAAUGUCAACCAGACCCUAAUUCAAUUAGGACUGGCGUUCAACACACCAAAAGAUAAGCUAAAAAUCAACAUGAAAUU